AAACAUUCCUUUCUGAUUGCAGCCCUGCCUUGGACAAGACACUACUGAAUCUCGAGGAGAUGCCACUGCCAUUAUCACCCCAAACUUCCAAACCAGAGACUGAGAACAUUCAGUUCAGCAAAAUUAUGCCCAGUGACCAUGACCAAUCUAAAAAGAGGGAAGAGAAUUACCAAGCAAAAAUGUCUUCUUCACCUCAGAGGACAAUAAAAAAGAGAUCAGCUUUUGAUGAUCUCACUAACGCUACUCAAAAUCAAUCUGUUCAGUUAAAGAAAAAAGCCAGUAAGGAGUUUGUAAAAUACGGUUCUAAGAACACAUAUGCUCUUGGGGUAGCAAAAAACAAGGGGAGAAAAAGAAAAUGGUGUAAGUUGGAAGCUGUACCAGUGACACAUUCUACUACCUUGGUGUCAAACAUAAUAGAGAAACCUCUUAGUCUGAAUAUAUCCAGCAAGUCUGAAACACCACCCACUGAAGAGGCUAAAAACUCAUUCCUUUUUAAAGAGGAAUGUGCUAUCAAAGAACCAGCCCUUAUUAAGAAGGCAACAAAGAAGUACACAAAUAAUGCAGAGAUGUUCCUGUUAGAGAAGUUACUAUCCUUGAAGGAGGAGACUGACAACGAAUUUGGUACAGAACCAAUGAUUUGGGGGAAGAAGGCUAAAAUUGAAGAGUCACUUUCCACUAAGAAGUCAUUACCUUUAAGUAAGACGACAUAUGCCGCUGAUAUAAUGAAUCCACUGGUAUUACAAAAUACAGUUUCUAAAGAGAAAGCCUUCACUAUGGAACCUACUGAGCAAUACCUCCUUUGGAAACCACCUUCAUUGCAAGAGAAGCAUAUUACUGAGGGAUCCAUCUUGCAGAAACCAUUGGCUUUGCAGAAGAUGAGCCUAGAAGAGUAUCCCAUCUGUACAGUGUCACCAGCUUUUGAGAUGAAAUCUACAACUAAUGGGACAGCCCUCAUCACAGAGCCAUUAUUUUUAAAGAAGGACUAUACUACUGAGAAGAGCACUAUUGAGGGGAAGAGAUCCUAUUCGAAUAAGUCAUUAGUAGUUCAGGAGAUGGAAAGUUCUCUUACCAUUGAAGAGUUCCAGAAGCCAUCUCUCCUGCAAAAGCAGCAAACCAAUCAAGGGCAGAUGUGCAUCUUGAAGAGACCAUGGUCAUUAGAAAUGAAUUUGAGUGAAAAAUCUAACACUUGCCUGAAACAAACUACCUAUAAGAAGAAGCAUACUACCAUGAAGACAACUCAGACAAUGCCAUUACCACUUGUAAAAAGGAAGAAACGAAACACCUGGAGGAAGCCAGGAUAUAUUCCACUAGCAAUACAGGAAGUCACCCAUGCAGAUAAGAUACACACUAAGGAGCCAAUGUUCGGGAAGUCUACCACUGAGGACGCCCUUUUUCAGAAGUCAUUUGUAUUUCAAGGGAAGUACAACAACUUGGAAGAUAAAGUCACUGCUGAGAAAACAUUAUAUCCACAGAAAUUUCCCACUGAGAAGUCAUAUCAACAAGAGGCCUUGGAUUUGACCAGGAAGUGUGUGCUGGAGGAGGCCACCCCCACCAAGAAGCCUGUACCUUUUAAGAAACCACAACCCUCCACUCAAGAUAUAGUGUCCUACAUGAAACCAAUAUUAUUGCCGACUACCACAUUUGGAGAGAAUUCAUGUACUCAGGAGCCGUUUUCCUUUAAAGAAGAAGCCAUGCCUUUAAAGAAUAAAAUGUGUACCACUCAGAAUAUGCACUCCUGUCAAGGACUGUCAGAAUGGAAAGAGGAGAUUGCUGAAGAAAUUCAUUCCUUUUUUAUGAAGUCACCACUUAAGAAGAAGCCUAAAAUUAAAGAGGAGGUCCUCUUCCAGGAUUCAGUUGCACUUAAAAAGAAUACCACUCUACAGGGCAUGUCUCUCUCAAAGAAACCAUCACCAUUACCGAAGACCACCACUGAAGAAGAAUCACAUGGUAAGAAACCCAUGGUUUUUCUGGAGAAUCCUAUAAUUGAAAAACAUUUUGUUCAGGAACCAUUUUCUUUCAGUGAUAAGCCUGAUAAAGAAGAGUCUUGUUUUCUGAAGGCAUUCAACUUUCAAGAAAAGAUUGAUGCAAACAAUGACUUUCUGAAAAAGCAGCUGGAUUUUCAGGAGAGUCCUACCAUUGAAGAUGAUUUACUUUUAAAUAAGCUUUUACUCUGGAAGAACAUGCCUUCUGCUCAAGCACCAAUAAGCCUAGAGGGGCAGUUAUCUUUAAAUAAGCCCACUUUUCAAGAGCAAAUCUUAAAGAAGCAGUUGGCUUUGUGUGAGAACAUUGAUGAUGAGUCCCUUAAUGAACCACUGGACUUGAGUAUCUCUGCUAGCAUUGAGAAUCUGGCUACCCAGAUGAAACCCUGUUCCUUACAGAAGACCAGCACUGAGAAGAAGCCCUUAUUACAGAAACCAUUAAUUCUGAGGAAGCAUUCUGCUAUUAUGAAGCAUGCUGUUAUGGAACACAUUACUGACACAGAGGCUCAACUCAAGAAACCUUUGACCUUAGAAGACAAAUCCAACAAUGAAAAGGAGGCUCCCCUAGAAGAGCCCUUAGCCUUAGAUAAGAAGCCCAUUCUUGAGAAUGAAGACAUCUUCAAAAAUCCUUUAGUCUUUGAGAACUCUGUCAGUGAUAAGAGAGUUUUAUUUCAGGAGGCGUUAGUCAUGAGUAAAAAAUUGGCCUCUCAGAAACAGUCAUCCCUUAAGCAGCCACUGGCUGUGGAAAAUAAUUCCACACAUGAAGAGAACACUGUUUUCCAAGAAUUGAUCCCUGAAGUUGAGAGCAGCUCAUGUGCAUCCAACAAUGACUUUUCAUCUAAAGCAAGCAUACCAGACACUGUUUGCAUGUCUGAUGCAGCUAAGCCAAGCACCACUGGCAGCACUAGUGCCUGUGAAUUGAAUUCACAGAACAAGCAAACAUGGCAGAAGAAAGAUGAACUGGAAGCUACUGAAGGUGAUAAUAAUGAUUCGUUUUUCAACUUAGAAUAUGCUGAGGAUAUCUUUGCUUACUUGAAGGAAAGAGAGGAACAUUUCAUACUUAGAAAUUACAUGGACAAACAGACAGAUCUCACCAGUGAUAUGAGGGCCCUUCUUGUGGACUGGUUAGUGGAGGUACAGAUAAACUUUGAGAUGAGUCACGAGACCUUGUAUUUGGCAGUAAAGCUGGUAGAUCACUACUUAACAACAUCAUUGUUAAAGAAAGAGAAUCUACAACUUCUUGGUUCCACUGCCUUUUUUAUUGCAGCAAAAUUUGAGGAACCCUACCCACCUUCUUUGAAGGAAUUCUUGUACAUCUGUGAAGAUCUUUAUCAACGAAACGAUAUGCUUACUCUGGAAGCCAGCAUCCUAACAAACCUUGACUAUGACAUAAAUAUUCCCAUUGCCUAUAAUUUUCUGCGAAGAUACGCUACGUGUCUCCAGUCCAGCAUGACAACACUGACACUGUCUCGCUAUAUCUGUGAGAUAACACUGCAAGAAAGCUACUAUAUCCCUGAGAGGGCUUCCAAACUAGCUGCUGGCUCUUUCCUCCUGGCCCUCUGCAUGAAGAAUCUUGGACACUUGAUUAGUUCCCUGGAACGUCACAGUGGCUACAAGGUCUCUGACCUUCGUUGUCUGGUCAAGAAACUGAAUGUACUGGUAGCUCGACAGCCAUGCAACAAUUUCAAGACUGUGUAUAACAAGUACUGUAGCCAGGUAUAUUAUGAAGUUGCUAAAAUAGGUCCCUUGAAAUUGUCGGACCUGGAGGAAAUUUUACACACUGACUGAUAAGAAUGAGGCCCUGGCACUCUGGCAGCAGGCUGUUACCAGAAAAAAAGCAAAUAUACUGGAUUUAUUCUGUGCUUGAAUUUGUUGUUUGUUCAUCUUUCCUCAUUUUCCUAGUUUUCUUGAUAUUUUCUCAAAUUUCUAGUGUUGUAUCUAAAUGUUUCUAAAAAGAAGAUGUUAUUAUAUUUGUCUAGAAAUUCAAUAAAAAUUGUGUUUAUUAA